AUGGCGAUGAGGAGGUCAGUAACGGCCCUGAGCCAGACCGCCCUCGCUCCGAGCUCGAGGCCCGGCUGCCGUAGAAUCCGCCGCGCCGCGUGCUCCAGCGCGUGGCAGGACGGGGAGUCCGAGGCGGCGGUGCGCGACAUCGUUUGCUUCGGCGCCGGGAGCCUGGACGAGGUGGGAAGCAGUCUGGACCGCCUGAACCUGGCCUUCUCGCCGGCGCUGGUCAGGCGGGUGGUCGACUCGUGUAGCGAGAGGAGUGAUUCCGGCAGGAGGCUGCUCCGGUUCCUGUCGUGGUGCCGGUCAAAGAACCCUGGGGCAUUGGGGGACAGGGAGCAUGACAGGGCGAUUGCCGUGCUCGCGCAGAUGGGUGACCUCACCGCGAUGAGAAUCGCCGUUGGAGAUGGGGAGAAGGAUGGGCGGAGGAUGGCCCCGGAGACGUUCACUGCUGUGGUCGAGGCUCUCGUCAAGGCAGGGAAGGAGGAUGAGGCUGUUCGGUUGUUUAGAGGCUUGGAGAGGCAGAAAUUGCUGCCUCAGCAAAGUGUUGGUGCUGGAGGGGAAGGCAUAUGGUCAAGCAGCCUUGCCAUGGUCCAGGCAUUGUGCAUGAAGGGCUACGCUCGUGAGGCGCAAGGUGUUGUGUGGCACCACAAGAGCAAGCUCUCGACGGAGCCCAUGGUUAGCAUCGUUCAACGUAGCCUCCUCCAUGGAUGGUGUGUACAUGGAAAUGCUAAAGAAGCUCGGAGAGUCCUUGAUGAUAUCAAGUCCUCAGGCUGCCCACUAGGGUUGCCGUCGUUCAAUGAUUUUCUCAACUGUGUUUGCCAUAGAAACCUCAAGUUUAACCCUUCAGCUCUUGUUCCCGAAGCUAUGGAUAUUUUAACAGAGAUGAGGUCCUGUGGUGUCACCCCUGCUGCAUCCAGCUUCAACAUCUUGCUUUCUUGUCUGGAACGAGCCAGAAGAGUGAAAGAAGCAUACAGAAUCCUUUAUUUGAUGAGGGAAGGAAAAGAAGGGUGCUCGCCUGACUGGGUCAGCUACUAUCUCGUGGUUAAGGUCCUCUUUUUAACAGGGAGAAUUAUUAGAGGAAAAAGGCUCAUAGAUGAUAUGCUUGAAAAUGGGGUGCCUCCGACGGCAAAGUUCUUCCAUGGUCUCAUAGGCAUCCUUUGUGGAACUGAGGAAGUUGAUCAUGCUCUUGAUAUGUUCAAAAUCAUGAAGAGUUGUCAGUUAGUAGACACUCAUACGUAUGAUCUGCUUAUAGAAAAGCUUUGUAGGAACGGUAGUUUCGAGAUUGGAAAGGAGUUAUGGGAUGAUGCUACUAAGAGUGGCAUUGUGUUAGGCUGCUCAGAGGAUCUGUUGGAUCCCUUGAAGACACAAGUAUUCAGACCAGUUCGUCCUGCAGAAAGCCGGACUUCUGAGAACCAUAAGAGUUUGAAUGUUUCUUUUAUUUUGCUGACCUUUCCCCUUUCUAUAUUACAGUUCCGUUUUGAGUGCACAUUGAACUUUAUGGACACAUCUCAGGAGCAACAAGAUUUUGGUGUGCUACUGAAGCAGGGGGCUGAAGGAAGGGUAUUUGUUUCGACAUUUGUGGGGCAAAAAUGUGUAAUCAAAGAACGCUUUUCAAAGAAGUAUCGGCACCCAGUGUUGGACUCAAAGUUGACUCUAAAACGAUUGAAUGCUGAAGCUCGAUGCAUAACAAAAGCAAGACGGCUUGGCGUUCCUACACCAGUUCUGUAUGCUGUGGACCCUCUUCCACAUACAUUAACCUUUGAGUAUGUGGAUGGCUUGUGCGUGAAAGAUAUACUUCUUGGAUUUGGGUCAGACGGGAUUAAUGAGGAACGCCUCAAUGACAUUGCCACACAGAUAGGGAAUGCAGUUGGCAAACUACAUGAUGGAGGCCUUGUUCAUGGUGAUUUAACAACUUCAAAUAUGAUGAUCAAGAACAACACCAAUCAACUGGUUCUUAUUGAUUUCGGUCUGAGCUUUACAUCAGUUAUUCCCGAGGACAAAGCAGUGGACCUAUAUGUUCUGGAGAGAGCUUUGAUUUCCAUGCAUUCUUCAUGUGGGGAUGUGAUGGGAAAGAUCCUCUCAGCAUACCGAAAAGCUUCACGGCAGUGGUGCUCCACUACGAACAAGCUAGCCCAAGAGAACUAG